AUGUCCAACGAUCAUAAAAAAGGCCCUGGAGCACAUUACUCUGGGGGCAAUCCAAUUCCAAAUAUUCAACGAUUCGUGGAGAGUUUGGAUUCCGAUAAGAAAGAUAGAGAUGCAAAGAUCAAUGACCAAUUACAACAACGCGUUCAAGGGGAUGCCACAGAUCAUACACAAGGACAACCGCAUGGUGUUGAAGGAACGAGGAAGGUUGUUACCGAUCCAACGACUGGAAAAGAUGUAGAAAUUGAGGAUGUUAAUGCAAAUUUCAUGAAAUCUGUUGAUAAUCCACAGCUCUCCGUUCCAAAUGCCAAUCUCAAUAAACAUACACCAGUCAAGACCGAAGCAACUCAGUCUGGGGAAGAAUACAAAAAUAAUCAAGAUAUUACGGCGCCACCAGAUCCAGUCGCACCUGGAAGCACUUCCGAUGUUCCAAUUCAUGGAGAAAAAACCAACAUUCUAUUUCAUCCCACACCUUCGGUCAGCUAUGAGCCAAUGUACAAGUCUCUUGAGAAUCGAACAAUGGUCCUUGUUGCUGGAAUUUUCCUAGCCAUUGUGAUUUUGGGAAGGUUGUUUGGUGGAGCUUUAUAUGGUCUUGUUCCUUUGGGAGCCUGUGUCGCAUCUGGUGUAUUCCUUUGGAUGAAGGAGGUAAUUCGAUCCGGUCGAGCUCUGGAGUGGCAUAGUGAAAGACAAAGAGGUCAAACAGCGACUGCAAAUCUAAUUCCUGAAUCUGUCGAAUGGAUGAAUAGUCUUCUUGGCGUUCUGUGGGGCCUCAUCGAUCCCGAUUUAUUCGUCUCCGUGGCAGAUACUCUCGAAGAUGUUAUGCAAGCAUCAGUACCUGGCAUAAUCGAAAAUGUUCGAGUUGCAGAAAUCAAUCAAGGGACCAAUCCUUUCCGAAUUUUAAGUUUACGGGCUCUUCCAGAUGGUCAUGUUCAGGAAAUGAAAGACGAUAUUCACAAGCAAAAUGAGAAAAACAAAGAUCCUCAGGAAUUGGCCGCAGAUGAGGAAGGUGGAGAUUAUUACAAUUUGGAAUGCUCUUUUGCUUACCAUGCUGAACCCUCAGGAGGUGGAACAUCGGAAAAGGCCAAAAAUAUGCAUAUGCAAUUGGUUUUUUAUCUCGGAAUGAAAGGACUUUUCGGAGUUCCUCUCCCAGUUUUUGUUGAACUUCAAGGUCUUGUCGGCACAGUCCGAUUGCGUCUUCAACUUUCUCCUGAACCUCCAUUUUUGAAAGCCCUCACAUUCACAUUGAUGGGACUUCCGAAGGUUCAAGCAGGGUGUGUACCAAUGCUUGAGACUGGUAUCAACAUUCUCAACCUUCCUCUUAUAUCCAAUUUCGUCAAUUAUGCCAUUGGUGCCGCCGCCAACGAAUAUGUUGCUCCAAAAUCUAUGACUUUAGAUAUGGCCAAAUUAUUGAAGGGUGACGAUAUCCAAAAGGAUGUCGAAGCACUCGGUAUUCUCUGGAUUCGAAUUCACAAAGCUACUGGUCUUAGCAAACAAGAUCGUCGUGGAAGCGAUGGUGGCGGGAGUGAUCCUUACAUCACUGUCAGCUUUUCUAAAUACGGCAAACCAAUGUAUUGUACUCGAGUUAUCCAGGAUGAUCUCAAUCCAAUCUGGGAAGAGACUUGUGCUUUACUCGUCACUCCUGAUCUCAUCAAAGCAGAUGAACAACUUUCAAUGGAACUUUGGGAUUCUGAUCGAUCAACUUCUGAUGAUGUUGUUGGUAAGGUUGAACUUUCCAUGCAAAAAAUGAUUCAGCAUCCAGGAAAGAUGUAUCCACAAGUUUCUAAACUUCGUGGUAUGGAUUCCAAUAGUUCUAUGCCUGGUGAGCUUCAUUGGGAAGUUGGAUACUUUGGAAAACCACAAUUCAGACCAGCAAUGAGAAGUCACGGAAAGGAUGUCAACUUACCCAAGGAAUUGCAGGAUAAGGAAGAACUACAAGAUCCUAAAGGAAGUCUUGAUACUUCUGAAGAAGAUUCUGUGGUUCACACUCCUCCCGAUCCAUUGUGGCCAAGUGGUAUUUGCAGUGUUAUCAUUCAUCAAAUCGUCAACCUUGAAUUACAAAGUAUUAAAGGUAGUGAUGGUAAACGAAAGGGUAGGGAAUUCGAACCAGCAGUAGAAGCUGGUGAAAACAAGGAAGAGGAACAUAAGAAGUUACCAAGCAGUUAUUGUACUAUUUUAUACAACGAUGAGUUGGUCUAUCGCACACGUUCAAAGGUCGUCACUUCCAAGCCUAUCUUCAAUGCAGGUACUGAGCGCUUCAUACGUGAUUGGAGAUCGGCGAUUAUCACUAUCACAGUUAGAGAUCAACGUAUGCGACAACAUGAUCCAAUUCUCGGAGUUGUUCCUUUGAAGCUAUCGGACCUCUUACAGACAAGUUCUCAAGUUACAAGAUGGUAUCCUCUUGAUGGUGGAGUUGGUUUCGGUCGCAUUAGAAUAUCUGUUCUGUUCCGAAGUAUUGAAACAAGAUUACCACCCCAACAACUUGGUUGGGAUGUAGGAACAUUUGAAUUUACAUCUGACAAGAUCGUCGCUACUGGUUAUACCAAUAACUCCAAAUUGAAGCUUCGAACUGGAGGAAGUGUUGGGAAGAUUAACCGUACUCAAUGUCGAAAAUUGGAGGGAGGUAGUGGUGUAUUCUGGGAUCUCGCCAAAAAAGAAGGAAAAAAUAAUGUUCGCCUCCCUGUCAAAUACCGUUAUCGUUCACCCAUCGUUUUCGAAUUUCACGUCACCGGCAAACGAGGAGCAGAUGCUUAUGCAGUUAUUUGGCUUCACAAAUUGGAAGACAAUAAAGAGGAAGAGAUCAGUAUUCCAAUUUGGAAAACUGAUAAAGGCAUGAGACUUACUCAAAACUAUAUCACCGAGGAGAAUUUUCAUGACAUUCCAGAUAUCGAUAUUGAAGAAGUUGGACGUCUUAAUUUCUCAGGCCGAUUCAAAGCUGGUACAGAUCAAGAUCAUGAGAAAUUUGUAUCCGACAACGAUUCUCGAGAAACCCAAGAAACAUGGGAAGCAUGUCAUUCCGAAGGUGUACGUGGUAAAGUGGUAACGAAGGAAAUUCCACCAGCCGUUCAACAACUUCAUGAUCAAUCUCUUACUCAAGGACGAGAUGUUCUUAGUCAAGCCGAUGAGGAUGAAAAGAGUAAAUGGUUGGAUCAAGAUGGUACUGAUUGGAGUGGAGCUUUUGGUCAGGAUCCUGCGCAGUACGUAAAUAAAGAUGGUUACGGACAAAAAUAUCAGGAUGCUGAUUAUGAGGCUAGCAUGGUGCGUAAACCACGAGGAGAAGGUGGAUGCGUGGAAGCGAACGUCAACGAAAAUAUGAGCGAGGACACCAAUACCACUUCCACAUCUUCAAACUCGGACUCGGAUUCGGACGCAGAAUCAGAUCUCGGUUUAAACGAUGCCACAAGAUCAACAAAUGAAAACAGAGAGGUAGACGGGAAUAAUGGAUCAAGUCAUUCGAGUAAUCCGAUCAAACAAUAUCAAAACUACAAGGAAAAUUCAAAGGGUUUACACAGAAAGCAAAGGGGUCUGAUGCAGUGGAAACCAAUGAGGAACUUGUUGUUUGCAAAGGAUGAGAUGAAGUUUGCAGCGAGGAGGAUGAAGAAUAAGGCAAGUUUGAGUGGGAGACAACCAGAUGUUGAGACAGAGACUGGUUAG